GAAACCGUGUGGCCAGGAGGCGGUUAUAUCACCUUUGAUUUAGCCAUAUCAGACGUGGGGGAACAAGAAGACUGUUAAGAUGAAGACAGCAUUGAUUGUGGUUUGUGUGCUGCUCCUGGGGUGGACCUGGACCCUCCAGGGCGUCCCUGUUGAGGUGAGCCAGGAGAAAGCUGAAGAUACUGAACAUGAGGUUGCUACCGAGGAACCUGCUCACUCCCAUGCAGAUGUGUCCAACGAAACUGUGUCCAAUGCAACUGCGUCUAAUGCAACUUCACUCGAUACUCAUGAGCAUGAUUCACAUGAGCAUGGUACACAUGCGCCUGAUACUCAUGACCAUGGUACCCAUGCCCCUGAUUCACAUGACCACGGUACCCAUGCCCCUGAUUCACAUGACCACGGUACCCAUGCCCCUGAUUCACAUGACCACGGUACCCAUGCGCCUGAUUCACAUGAGCACGGUACCCAUGCGCCUGAUUCACAUGACCACAGUACACAAGCGCCCAAUGCAGCAGCUUAAUAGCUCUCCAAGCCAAAGUGUUGAUGUCCCGAUGAAGGGCUUUCUGAGGCCGAGCGACUGAAGGCUGAGUGAGAUGAAGAAACGUCGCCGCUCAUCUUACAGAUACUCUUUCAGCACUUACAGAAUGUGUGAAGUCCUGUCACAGCAGAUGACCAAUAAAGCAACUAACUCGCUGUUCUGUUGUGUUGAUGUUUGUUGUUUAAAGGAUUAAAUGACAACUAACUUC